AGGGCCAUUGAGGCUCAAGGUGCAUGGAAGAGAGUCGUAGAGGCGCCACGUGACGAUGGCGGUGGAGGCUGUGCUACAAGCAGCACGGUGGGAGUUCCAAGAGCUCACGGAGCGCACACUCCAAAGGCUCCGCGCCGCCGUGGAGAAGGAACUGGCAGAUGCCAAGGCGGAGGUGAAGGCUGAGCUAAGCCGGCAGGAACCUACUGCGCAGGAUGAGGCAUGUGAGGCGGCCGCGCAGGCGCCGACCCCCCGCUGCAAAGCGGGCAGGGAAGCCUGGCAGAAUGCACCGCCACUGAUGGAAGUGCUGCCGGAAGGCACAGAUGAAGCUCAUCCCUGCGAUGCGCACCCUGGCCACGGAAGUGAGCGACCAAAACGAGGCACCACGCAGCUUCGGGCCAUCUUUGAACGCAAGGCUUCCAAGUCAGAGAUGCACGGGUUCCUGGGAGGCUCCGAAUGGAUGUUCUGACUGGGCGAACUGCUGGGCUGGGCGGGGCGGACGGCGCCCUCUGAGUCUUAGUGAGCAUGCCACAAC